GCUUUUGUGUGCUGGCUGGGUGCGCAGGGUAGCGCCUCACGCCGCAAGAUUCGCCUCAGCUCCUGGCCCCGGCUGGGAGGGCCUGCAACUUUCACUUUCUCAGGCCACCCGACCUGCCACCUGGGACCAGACUACAGUUCCCACCACGCAGCGAGGCGGGAGGAAGAAGGGGAGCUGAGGGCUGCACGGGAAGCCAGGCGCCAAAGCAGACAUUACCUGCUUGUGAGGGGGGAGGCAGGUGAGCCACAGGUGCCCACGGCAGGUCUGUUUUAGGUGACCAAGCUAUGCAGUUCCCCAGCUCUGCCAGAGCUGCGGAUGAGGACGUGGACUACCUGUUCAAGGUCAUCCUCAUUGGGGACUCCAAUGUGGGGAAGACCUGCGUGGUGCAGCACUUCCGGUCCGGGGUCUACACUGAGACGCAGCACAACACUAUUGGCGUGGACUUCACCGUGCGGUCCCUUGACAUCGACGGCAAGAGAGUGAAGAUGCAGGUGUGGGACACAGCGGGCCAGGAGCGAUUCCGAACCAUCACACAGAGCUACUACCGAAGUGCACACGCAGCCAUCAUUGCUUAUGACCUCACACAGAGGUCCACCUUCGAGUCAGUCCCGAAUUGGAUCCAUGAGGUAGAGAAAUACGGAGCAGCGAACCUGGUCAUCAUGCUGAUCGGAAACAAAUCAGACCUGUGGCAGAAGCGGCACGUGCUGUUCGAGGACGCCUGCACACUGGCUGAGAAGUAUGGGCUCCUCGCCGUCCUGGAGACAUCCGCCAAGGAGUCCAGGAACAUCGAUGAGGCCUUCAUGCUGAUGGCCAAGGAGCUGAUGGCCCGCAACAGCCUGCAGCUGUAUGGCGAGGGUGCCACACACAGCCUCGCCCCCGAGUCCAGCCCAGUGCUCCUGGCCCAGGCGCCUGGCAAGAAGCCUGGCUGCACCUGCUGAGCGAUCGGCCAGGCCUGUAGGGAACCAGCAGUCGUGGCGUCCCUGGGGUGGCACUGCGGGUCCUGGAGCAGCUCUGCCUCACCUCCCUAAGGCUCUGGCCUGAGAGGGCAGCCAGAGGUCCUGGAUUCCCACCGCAGAUGCCAAGGGAAAGGGAGACCACCAGUUUCCUCAAGCCUUAGUGAACCAGGGUUGCAGGCCCAGGGGAGAGGGUGUGGUUUAUCCUGCCCCUUUCCCUUUUCUGUCUCUCCCACACUCCGAGUGCUUUUCUUUUUGUUUGAGACAGGGUCUCACUGUGUAGUUUAGGCUGGCCUUGAACUCAUGGCAAGCUUCCCACCUCAGCCUCAUGAGUGCUGAGAUUACAGGUAUGCACCACCACAUCAGUUCCAAUUGCUUUUGACUGGGUUUUGCUUCUGCACUUGAGGAAGAGGAUAGUGAAGGGAAGAAGGGAGGAGGACUAUAGAGGGGAGAGGAUGUUCAGAACAUUCUGGAACAGUUUGACAAUGAGCAGAUGUGGGGGGAACCUUCCAGGGAAACCCAUAAUGCUGUCAGCAGUUUGGUACUGACAUUCACACUCAGGACUUCACUUUUUCAAGACUUUUUGACCUAAAUCCCAGGGACACCCUCUUGUCAGAGGAACUGCCUGAGGGGGGUGGAUCCCACUGCAUCCUACGUGGGCUGAUUUAAUCACCCAGUUUGGUAGGAGAGAUACUCGCAAUUUCUUUCGAAGACAUUGAAUUAUCUGCUAGAUCAGAAGUGAGUUUUGAUGGAAAUUAAACUGGCUCAGAGAGGACCAUCCAACCAGGAUUGUACUAUCUCUUCAGGAAGACGUGCCCAGGAGGUAGGAGACAAACUGGGCGAGGGGGGGGGGGGGGGGGGGGGCUGUCAAUCACAGAGACCCAGGAAGCAUGCACAGAAGACACCAAGCCCUGUAACUGGGACCAAUCAGAAAGCACUAUCUUCAAUUCUGGUAUCAGAUCAAGCAGGUUUUUGGUAGGACAGCCUAGAUCUGUUGUCAGCCUGAGGAAUGGAGACAAAAGGUUGUGGCCAUUAACCUGAUGGCCACUGUGCUGUCUCUUUCAGCACCCACUCUCUCCCUGCAGAGUGCACUUCUUUUCCUACCUUUAAUAAAUAUUAAAACUUGC